UGGCUGAGUCUGUGUUGUGCGCGAGGUGCUGGGAAGCUGCGGCUGGCAGAGCGGCCGCGCCUGUAAUGACUUGAGGAAUUUCUCUAAUGGGAAGAGCUAAGUGGAAGAAGGAUGGUCGACGCCACGUACUGGCUUUAUACUGAUCUCUGACGUGUGCUGCCAGAUGAGGUGCGGCUGAUGUGUGUGAGAAAACGUGGUGGAUUGGAAUGUUGCUGAUUUAAAGGGAAAUCCAGUUUGAAAGAUUAACUCGGGAGCUGGAGGCAGAGCGUCAGAUAGUGGCGACUCAGUUGGAGCGAUGCAAACUGGGGUCUGAGGCAGGUGGCAGUAUGAGCAGCAUCAGUUCAGCCGAUGAGCAGUUUCGCUGGAAUACCCAAGAUGGACAAAAAGACAUCGAGGAUGAGCUAAACACAGGUUUGGAGCUGGUGGAUUCAUGUAUCCGCUCCCUGCAGGAGUCCGGGAUCUUAGAUCAUCAGGAAUACGUCACAACUGAUAGACCGAGUCUGCUCUCUCAGAGCUCACUGCAGCUCAGCUCGAACCCAGAGGGCUCCCUCCAGUACUCCGCCAGCUACCACAGUAAUCAGACCCUGGCCCUGAGCGACUGCUUGUCCGCACCGCAAUCCCAGAAGCCUCAGCCCCCUCCACGCUCCAGCGGCCAGCCCGGAGGAGCCGUGCACAGCUACAACCAGGUGACAUCUAACCGUGCAGCCCAGUUAGCUGCGGGCGACUCCUCUCAGAGCCAUGGCGCUGGCCUGUCCGACUCCCAGCAUUCGUCUGCAGCAUCCGGCCCGGGCCUGUACUACUCCAGCUCUACUCUGCCUGCCCAGCGCAUCAGCUCGCCCCUGAACUCAAUGCAGUCCACAGCGGCCAGCGGAUCCCCAACCAAACUGCAGCGUCUGGGUUCAGCGAGCGAUACACCUGGCUACGCAACCACCCAGCGCCUGCCCUCCUCAUCCUCCUCAGCCUCCCCCAAACCUUCUCCCGGUCGGCUCGCCAAAUCCUACAGCAGCAGCUCACCAAUCAAUGCGGUGGGCAUCGGAGGAUCGCCCGCUACUCACGCUUCAGGCUCUCCUCACCGGUUAGCUUCUCCGCCCAAUAACGCAUCGCCAAUCUAUCAGCAGCUGCAGACCACAGGAGUGGCUUCAUACGCCACGCUUUCACCCACCAAAAGGCUGGUGCAUUCAUCUGAGCAGUACAAGAUAUCCCACGAACUCUACGCAACUGCCACUUUACAGAGACCGGGCAGCCUUGCUGGAUCUCGAGGUUCAUACAGUAAUCAGCACGCACACCUGGGGCCCGAACUGAGGCCCCUGCAGUCUCCCGAGCAUCACAUCGAGCCCAUAUAUGAGGACAGAGUCUACCAGAAAGUCCCCAUGAGGAGCCUAAGCCAGAGCCAGGGAGAAACCCUCCCUCCGGCCCAUACAGGAACAUACAGGAAUAACACAG